AUGAAAGAACCACAUUUUCUAUCUAUCUAUCUAUCUAUCUAUCUAUCUAUCUAUCUAUCUAUCUAUCUAUCUAUCACAAUACAUGUCUGUCUAUAUAUCAAUAUAACUAUCACAAUAUCUAUCUAUCUAUCUAUCUAUCACAAUACAUGUCUGUCUAUAUAUCAAUAUAACUAUCACAAUAUCUAUCUAUCUAUCUAUCUAUCUAUCUAUCUAUCUAUCUAUCUAUCUAUCACAAUACAUGUCUGUCUAUAUAUCAAUAUAACUAUCACAAUAUCUAUCUAUCUAUCUAUCUAUCUAUCUAUCUAUCUAUCUAUCUAUCACAAUACAUGUCUGUCUAUAUAUCAAUAUAACUAUCACAAUAUCUAUCUAUCUAUCUAUCUAUCUAUCUAUCUAUCUAUCACAAUACAUGUCUAUCUAUAUAUCAAUAUAACUAUCACAAUAUCUAUCUAUCUAUCUAUCUAUCUAUCUAUCUAUCUAUCUAUCUAUCACAAUACAUGUCUGUCUAUAUAUCAAUAUAACUAUCACAAUAUCUAUCUAUCUAUCUAUCUAUCUAUCUAUCUAUCUAUCACAAUACAUGUCUGUCUAUAUAUCAAUAUAACUAUCACAAUAUCUAUCUAUCACAAUACAUGUGGAUCUACCUUUCAAUAUAUCUCAAUACAUGUCUGUCUGUCUAUAUAUCUAUCAAUCACAAUACAUUAUCUAUCUAUCUAUCUAUCUAUCUAUCUAUCUAUCUAUCUAUCUAUUACCGCCUUAUCAGAAAAAGAGAAGGAAUAUCGUUAA